GGCUGGAAACGAGCAACGAGCCUUCGAAAAACAUGUGAGCCAGCCCCGCACAAUCAAAAUUACCCCAAAGCCAUAUAGCAAGUGGAGUUCUCAACGGAACUUGAGAUUUGAAUAGCACAAAGUUGGAAGCCAGCGGCCAGAAAUUUGACAGAAUGUCCGACGAGCAGACCGGCCGUCAACCGGAAACGGAAGCGGAACACGAAGACGUAGAGCCCGAAGUGCCAGCGAUCGCCAGUGUGGCCAGCUCCGAGGAGGAGGAGGAGAGUGCACCCAGUACCAGCCACUGUCGCACGGGAAAAGCCAAUACCGAACCACUCAGCGGUUGUGUGGUGCGAAUUAAGCGCGAACUGCAGGAUAUUCGAAAACAUCCGCCGCCGAAUUGCAGUGCCGAAAUGCAGCACGAGGAUCUCUUUCGCUGGACGGCCGGUGUGAACGGGCCGGCGGGCUCCGUUUACGAGGGCGGCCACUUCCGGCUGGACAUCCGCUUUCCGGCCAGCUACCCCUUCCGGCCGCCGCGCAUCCGGUUCACCACCCGGAUCUAUCACUGCAACGUCGACAGUCGCGGCUCCAUUUGCCUGGAUGUCCUCGGGGAGCGAUGGUCGCCAGUGAUGAAUGUGGCCAAGGUUCUCCUGUCCAUUUACGUGCUGAUGAGCGAGUGCAAUCCGGAUGAUCCGCUGGUCAUGUGCAUUGCCGAUCAGUACAAGACCAACCGCAAGGAACACGACAAGAUCGCCAGGCACUGGACCAAGUUGUUUGCCAUGACCAAGGCGCAGAAUAAGGAGAGCGAAAAGGAUCAGAAUCAAAGUCAGACGGAAAGUCAGGGAGAGAACCCACUGCCAAGUCAGGCUGAAAAUUAAAAGUCCAGGAAACAGCCAAUGCAGCCCAUUACCUUUACAUACACUCAAUAUACACCACGAACCCAAUAAACUAUUGAUUCAUUAGUUA